AGUACUCCUUGAAAUAGACAACAGUCUGAACAACUUAACAAAAAUUCCAUCCGAAACAAAAAGAAAGCAAAAGCUACCUCUAUUUUACACAGAGAUGUAUUAAAAUUUUUGGUUAAUUUCGGUAUCCAACUGCCCAAAAAUCGUCAAACCAAUCACAGAAUGGAGUGCCAAAAGUGUGAUACUACCAGCAAUGCCGGUGACCACAGACUCGAUCCGACUAGGAAUCCCGUGGACCUCAAGCCGGAAACCACCCUGGAGAUGGAGAUUGAGGAGGCCCUGUCCUCGAGUAGUGCCGAUGACACCCCGCCGGGAAUGAUCGUGGUAGAGACGCACAUCAGUUGCUGGGAUAAGAUGCGACCCCAUCAGUCCUUCGAGAAGAACGCCACGUCAACGGAUGUUGAGGGUCCUGAGCUGCCGGCCUGCUCCGUUUCGCUGGGCAAGAAGCCCAAUGUCCAGUUCCAGAAGCUGCCGCACCCCACUCAUUCGCUGGUCAGCACGGAGGCCUCUCUGGCCGUCGCCACAUGCCCCGCCUAUGUCGCCACCUGCUCCCCGAAGCCAUCAAUUACCGAGUCCAUUGCCACACUGCGCCACUGCAUCGACGGAACCACGCAGUGCAACAACCUGACCUACGACUCCGUUUCCAACGAAUCAAUGCCCUCGCUGGGAUCGCUGGUCUGUCGAAUUUGCCACAAUGCCGACAAUCCCGAACAACUUGUGUCGCCGUGUUUGUGCAAGGGCUCGCUGACAUAUGUCCAUGUGCACUGCCUGGAGCGUUGGAUUAGCACCUCGCGCUGCACCACCUGCGAGCUCUGCCAGUUCCAGUACAACACCGAGCAGACUCUGCGGUACACCUGUGUGCAGUCGCUGCGUCUGUGGUAUUCACGGGCCAUGAGCCGCAGGGCGCUGCAGGAGGACUGCCAGAUGUUCUCGCUGCUCACCCUGGUGGCAUUCGGCAUCAUCGGCACCCUGCUGGUGGGCAUCCAGUACUACGCCCUGCACACCCACUCCUGGGGUCUGAGCAAACUCUGGACCAAGUCCUGGAUGCUGUUCUUUUUGUUCAUGACGGUGAUUAUCGUUUACUUUGCCAACAUUUACAUGCUGAUCAAGUCCCAGCUGACGCCCUGGUAUCGCUGGUGGCAGUCUGCUCGAGACAUAAAACUUAUCCUGGAGAACCGACGGCCCUUUCCCAAUCCGAGUCGCUUUCUGCGGCCAUUACACCUGGAGACGGCCUCGACAACAGCCUCCAUGUUCACCCACCACGAUCAGCAGGAGGGGCCCAUGCCCAGCCGUCCGCCGGCCAUCAGCUUGAUCAGCUCCAGCGAAGAGGAGGUUGAGGAGAGGUUGGCCCACAAAUGGGGCACCCGCCUGGACAGUGAUGUCCUUGCCGCAGUUGUGGCGGCCACUGUGGAAUCGAUUGCGGACGCCAGUGCCCGCGAGAGCGACAAACAAGCCGAGCAACAGCAGCAGCAGCAGCAGCAACAUCAGUCGCAGCAGCAGCAGCAACAGCAAGCUCAGCAGCAACAUCAAGCUCAGCAGCAACAGCAAGCACAACAGCCGGAAGGUGGCAACUGAAAGGGCAAUGACAAAUACUGGACUCGGUCUCGGGGGGAUUGGGAGCUCCUCACUCCCGGGUCUGGGCAAGUAAUUAAGGCUCCAAGGGCAAGGAUUUUUGCUUGGCUUUCGUUGUUUGCGUGUCAUUUGUUUAAUGUAGUUUCAAUGCUUUUAAUGAACUUUCCCGAUGAGGGCUCGA